AUGCCGAAGCCCCGUCGUGAGUCUGCGGCGAGGGCCGACACACGGCCUGCAUUCAAUCGUCCGCCUAACGCACGUCCCGCGCCCGUGCCCCGUCAGACGCGGAGUGCAACAACAGAAGAAGAGGAUUACGACGAUUAUUACGAGCCACGAACGCCGAAAAGAGCUCCGCCGAGGGAGAAAGCAAAAGCCUCGUCCGUGCCCUCUCCGUCGCCAGAGAAGAGACCGCGCCGACCGAGUGACCGUUACCGAAGUUCGAGCAACGGCGUGAGAGACAGUCCCAGGAGAGAAGAGAAGAAGAAGCAGCAGCAGCAGAGGGACCGCGCAAAAUACAGCUCCGGAACGUCCACAAACAGCACAAGCCAGUUGUUGAGCAGCGAUGCGUUGGCGAAACUGAAUGCGUACAACGCAAGGGCCGAGUUUGAGGAAAAAUACGAAGAGCGCAAGCGCAACAAGAAACAACAGAAGAAGCAGUACAAGAAUCUCAAGGCGGCCGAGGCGACCCAGCAACAACGCCGGAAGAAGCAUGUCAAAAACAGGAAUGUCAGUGGUGCCAUACUUGAAGAAGGCAGGGCGGGCGAGAAGCACAGACGCGCGCAUGGACGCGGUGGCGGUGGCGGCGGCGGGUACGGGAAAGAAUACCAGGCUCACAGACGAUCGGGCGCAGACCGUGGAAGGCGGAACAAGAAAUUCUGGUGGCUGUUGAUCCUGAUCGUGGUGUUGCUGGCUAUAUUCAUCCCUGUGGCAGUCGUGGUGAGCAACAACAGCAAGAAAUCAAGUGGAGGAUCUUCGUCCUCGUCUUCGGCGACUACAAGCGACGGCUCAUCAGGCAUCAGCAAUGACUGCGACUCGAGCUCGACCCCGGCAAGCGCAAAGGGCACGUACACCGACAUUUCCACCUGGAUGGACACCACCGACUUCAAUUGUACAUACACUGCCGAGACGGUCGGCGGGCUGUCGGUCAUGGGCCUCUAUUCGAGUUGGGAUGACUCCACCAAAGCCAACGACAACGUCCCUGCUCUGAAUGAACAAUGGGAGUACGGGACGAUGCCCAUCCGAGGCGUGAACAUAGGCGGCUGGCUUUCACUAGAACCCUUCAUUACCCCUUCAAUGUUCAACUAUCCUGCCUCCGCCGCCGUGGUCGACGAGUGGACAUUGUCGCAGAAGCUUGGGCCGUCUGCACAGCGCGUCAUCGAGACACACUACGCAACUUUUAUCACAAAGCAAAGCUUCAUUGAUAUCAAGAACGCAGGCUUGGACCACGUAAGAAUACCUUACCCGUAUUGGUCGGUCACCACGUACGAUGGUGAUCCAUACGUACCCAAAGUUGCCUGGCGAUACCUGCUUCGGGCGAUCGAGUAUUGUCGAGAGAAUGGCUUGAGAGUAAAUCUUGAUCUGCAUUCCGUCCCAGGAAGUCAGAACGGAUGGGCUCACAGUGGCCACCAAGGUGACAUUGGUUGGAUACUCGGCCCGGAUGGCGCCACCAAUGCGCAGCGAUCACUGGACAUUCACAACCAACUGUCCCAAUUCUUUGCUCAAGAUCGGUACAAGAACGUGGUGACCAUUUAUGGCUUGGUUAAUGAGCCAAAAAUGUUGGUCAUUCCGCCUCAGUCUGUGCUUGACUGGAACCAAAAGGCCAUCGCGAUCAUCCGGGGAAAUGGCAUCAAGCAGCGUAUCGUCUUUGGGGACGGUUUCCUCAGCUUGGAUAGCUGGGACGACAUGUUCCACGGCGUCGACAACAAUUUGGUCAUGGACACCCACCAGUACCAAAUCUUCAACACUGGACAGCUCAAGUUGAAACACCAAGACAAAAUCAACCUCGCGUGUUCAGGCUGGACUGGGCUAAUGGUUGCUGCCAAUAACCCUCAAACCGGAUGGGGUCCGAUCCUGGACGGCGAGUGGUCUCAGGCCGAUACUGACUGCACACCAAAUCUGAACAACGUAGGCGUAGGCUCCAGGUGGGCUGGUACACUCGACACAGGCGAUCCGUCCACAUCAGUUCUCACGCCCACCUGUGCCGAGCCGCCUUGUUCUUGCGAGCAGGCGAACGCUGACCCGAGUCAGUACAGCGCUGCGUACAAGCAGUUUCUGCAAAUGUACGCCGAGGCUCAGAUGCACAGUUUCGAGCAGGCCUGGGGCUGGUUCUACUGGACGUGGAAGACCGAGAACGCCGUGCAGUGGAGCUGGAUGCUGGGCCUGCAGGCUGGCAUAUUGCCCGACAAAGCAUACGCUCCGUCUUUCAAAUGUGAUUCUCAAGUCCCUGAUUUUAGCGACCUUCCUGAAAGUUAUUGA